CGAGACAAUUGGAGUAGUAGCAGCAGUAGUACUCAAGCCACAGUGAUUAAUUAAACAAAAGACUCAAACAACAUGAAGGCCUUCUACGCACUCACUUUGCUCGUCAUCAGCUACUUCGCUAGCACCAACGCGGGCCUCAUUGGACAUGGCAUUCCCAUUCCCAUCGAAUUGGAGGAAAACAGCCCACCGCAGUAUGAAUUCCACUAUUCCGUGCACGACACCCACACCGGCGAUGUUAAGGAUCAGUUCGAGCAUCGUCAUGGCGAUUAUGUAACCGGCCGUUACUCGCUUAUUGAACCCGAUGGCCAGCGUCGUGUUGUGGAAUAUAAUGCCGAUCCAUUGUUGGGCUUCACCGCUCAAGUGCAUCGGGAAGUGCCAGUUAUCCGCCAGUUGCCCUUACAUCGUCAUUAAAAGUUUGCCAGCAGAAAAAUAGUAGUGACAUAUACACCUGCAUGUAUACUCAUUGUUAUAUAUCCAUACAUUUUAUUUAUAUCGACAGUUCCGUAAAGCAUAUGCAUUGAUCCUAACACACAUACACUUACACACGCAUGUACA